AUUAGCAAGAUAGAGUGAUACAUAGAUAGAUGUAGAUGAACAGAAUACUUAUCACUGACCCAAUACCUAAUCUUAUUUGUAUUAAGUUCCUCUUCCUGCCAUUGUCCUUCUAACUCUCUCAACCCUCUAUUACCCCCUUCAUUUUGGAGGCCUUUCAUUGUCAAUUUACCUUUUUCUCCUCUUCUAACCCCAUCCAUUUCUCUGUCCUUCUCCCUAUAAUGAACAUCUUCCACUCCAAAAUCUUUCUCACUUUUUGGAUUUUACUCAUUUCAUUUCAUUUCAUUUCUUCUCUGUUUUUUCUUGUUUUUCCUUAAUGGGUUUUCACUAUUAGGCAUUUUGAACCCCCAAAUGAAUGCUUUGGAUCAUUCUGUUUCCACCCAAAGGAAUCGAACCUAACUACAGAAGGAAGCUCCAGCCUCCCAAUUGCUGGACAAGAAGAAGAAGAAGAAGAAGAAGAAGAAGAAGAAGAAGUUGGUUUUCUUUAGGUUUGGAGGGUAAAAGCAAAACCAUUGAUCUCCAACUUCUUUGGGGGUUCUUGUUUGUUGAUUUGCGAUCUUAUUGUUUAAAGGGGUUGGUUGUAUUGUAUCAGCUGUUGUAUUGGUCUUUUUAGUUUCAAAAUCAUGUCCAACAAAUUGAAAGGGAUCUACAAAAGUUUCAAAUACAUUUCCCAAAUCUUUGUGAUGAAAGAACGAGAGAUGGAGAUUGGGUAUCCUACAGAUGUGAAACAUGUGGCACAUAUUGGAUGGGAUGGCCCUUCUGGUACAGCUCCCAGUUGGAUGAAUGAAUUCAAAACAGCACCAGAGCAUUUCUCUGCUGCGUCGUUUGGCGAUAUUAGUGAUAGAAGAGAUUCAAGUUCUACUGCUGUAACAGCUCCUACAACAUGGUCUUCUCUUGAUUUUGAUCAAGCAAUGCUACGCCAACAAACAUCCGACUUCUUUGGCGAACUUCCACGGACAGAAAUUCCCAACCUUCCUAUAAAACCAAAGAAAAAGACCAGAAACUUCUCUCCAAAAUCUUCCUCGUCAAAAUCAUCUCGAGUAUCAAAGACAAAGCCAUCGUCCUUCGGUGAAAUCAAGAUGGUACCGAAUUUGCAAGUCUAGAACUGUCAUCAUAACUCUAAUACACAUGUGCAAAGGAAUAGAAAACCAGUCUAUAUGCGUAGAGAAUCAGUCUGUCUGUUUUUUUUAUCAUAUCAGGAAUGGUGUAAUUGUUUCAACUGGAGUGUAAAUCAGACGAACAAUAAAACGUAGUAGUGUUCAGAUUCUUUUCGCCCCCAAGAAGGAAAUCUAGAUAGGCAUCGGAAGAUAUGUAAAAAAAAAAAGGAUCUUGAUGCAAUAUCUAAGAUGGGUCAAAAGAGAUUAUUUUGUUUUCAUUUCAAGGAGAAAAAGUUAUGCUGGAAAUUGCAAGUGUGCUACUACUUUUAAUGAAUGCUGUAAGAAAAAGAGAAAGCUGACGUUUUUUUCUAUCAAAAGAAAAUUGUUUGUUA